AUGUCGGAUUUUUUCAAGAACCCUCUGUCGUCUAGCCCGACACCCACAGAUGUCAAUGCACGCAAGGAAGCACUCAUGAACUCUGUCCGCAGUGAAAUAGCUCAAGCCAACGCCCAGCAACUCAUGAAUAACAUGAAUGAACGUUGUUACAAGGCAUGCGUCACAAAACCGGGAACCUCACUCUCUAGUUCCGAAGAGACAUGUCUCGCAAGAUGUUUGGAUCGGUUCAUGGACACUUUCAACAUUGUCAGCCGGACCUAUACUGCUCGAAUCGCGAGGGAGAGGCUAGAAGACCAAGCCAAUGCUACUCCUUCGCUAUCUUCCUAA